GGGGACUCACCAUGGAGACGUGCUGUUCAGUGUGCUUGCUCCUGGUGAUUUAUUCACUGUGGAAACACAUUCAGUGUCAUGGUAGUGACUCGCCUAGAUGUGUCUGAGGAGGCUGAGCUUCAGCUCUUUGGCCCCUCUUCUCAACUUUCAAUGGACUGAUGUGAAGGUUCUGGAGCCCUUCGGGAGAGGCCUAUGUAAUCAAGAUUAGAAGCUGCGCACGGAGUCUGCCUUCUUCCACUUCAUUUCCUAAAGACUUCCGCACCCUGAGAAAUGGCUUACGCACAAGGGAGAGUGACCAUCGGCCGAGAGGGACAGGAGGCGGCCAACACUUGCACUAUGGCUGAGAUGGAAGAGCGGAUUGUGAUGACGCCGAAGGGCAAGACGGCCACGUCGACGACCAUUAUGGUGGAGCGGCGCAAGAUGGCGCCCCAGGAGGGCAACGUCCACGUAGGAGGGGGCCAACACUCUGGCAUCAUCAUCAACAAGGAUACUAGGACCGAAAACUUGGAGGACACACCCGCCCACUUGCAGUUGGAGUUUAAAGUAUUCUUAAUUAAUGCUCAAACACAGAAGCACACACAAGAGAGCAGACAAUUAAGAUUUUGGUUCCAAAGUUGUGUACCUGAGAAGGAAAGGAUGAGAAGCGCACAGGAGUUCUUCAAGGAGUUAGUAGCGCCUCUAGAGUUUCCAAGAGAUUAUGUGGGUUUCAUCAAGAAGAUAAUGAAAAUGAUGCAACACAAAUACAAAAUGCUGAGCAAGACUGAGGUAGAACUGAGGCAACUUGAGGAAUCUGAUAAACCACCAACCAGACCAAGCAGGCCAGGAGUGGUCCUGUACACAGUGGGAUGCAGUGAGCCUGAGACAGUGGAGGAUCAGAAAACUGAAUUAAGCGAGGAAAAAGUGUUGGAGAUGAUCGAAUCUUCGUACCCUAACCCCAUUACUGUAAAGGACAUGGCCAAGCGAGCAUCAGCAUCAUUAGAAGACGUAGAGCUGUAUAUUACUGCACUGACUGAGAAGGGUCUCAUUAAACCAAUGGCUCCUGGCUGCUUCACACGUAUUGUACAGAAUGAAACGGAUGUAAAGGUUGUGAGACAGAUGCCAACAAUAACAACGAACAAGCAACCCACCAUCGCCAUUAUCACAGCACACUAUUCAGAGAAGUUAGCUGUUGACACCAUGAUUGAAAACCAAGAGACCUUUGUCAGAUAUACCACUGUUGGUGGUACAUACGGUGAGAGCAACAUUUAUACAUUAGGUAACAUUGGCGCACAUAGAGUUGUGUGCACAAAGCUUCCAACUGUCGGUCAUGAUCGCUCUGCGUCCAUUGCUGCCGGGAACACAACUACCAGACUACUUGGGACCUUCCAAAAAGUGGAUCAUGUGUUUUUAGUGGGAACAGCAGGCGGCGUUCCCCAUUUUACAGAUUACAACAAACAUGUUCGGCUUGGAGAUGUCAUAGUCUCUGCACCACCUAGUGGACAAAAGUUUAUCUACAUGUAUUGUGAUAGUGCAAAAACAUUAGAGAGUGGAUCAUAUGAGUUUGAAACGAAGUCCUGGGGCCCCCCAGACCUAAGUCUACAGAAUAUUGCUUACCAGUUAAAACAACAGGGAGAAGAAAAGGAAGGUCCAACACCAUGGCUUCAAUAUAUGGCUGAGGGUAAUAAUAAGUUGUCUGCUCAAGAAAUGGAUUUCUCCCGACCAAAUGAAGAAACAGACAAGUUGUACAUGAGUAUUGGUGGCUCCGAUGUGAUUGAGGUUUCUCAUCCUCUUCCUCCUGAUGGGUCAGGGAAUAUAAGAGACCCAACCAAGCCCCGUAUUCACUUGGGUGUCAUCGCUUCAGGGCGGUGUGUGGUUGGGAAUGACCAAAUGAGACAAGAUUUUGCUUCUCAGCUUUCAGUUGUAGCCUAUGACCAGGAAUUUGAUGCUGUCAUUGAGUCUGUGUAUGGGAAUCGCAAGGACCAGUAUGUUCUCAUCAGAGGCAUAUGUGACUACCAGGAUGGUACCAGAAAUAAAGAUUGGCAGCCAUAUGCUGCUCUCUCCGCUGCAGCAUUCAUGAAGGCAGUCAUAUGUGGAAUGGAGCCUCCUGUGGAUGACUGAAUGCUGAACUGUACAGAAGUAGAAGGAAGAUGUAUAAGGUUGUUAUUGCAAUAUAUAAUGGUGUAAGGCUAGUUCAUGACUAUUACCGAAGUGGUCCACUACAGAAAUAGGCUUUCUUAAAAGGAAAUCCAUUAUCCCCAUAAUUGUAUAAUUUGACUGUUUAUAGUGCUGCAAAUGGAUAAUUUUUAUAUUGGGUUCACUGAUAGUUCCUUUACAGAAAAAUGUCAUAUUAAACUUUAAAUAUUUUAAAUUUUUAAGAUGCAGCUCUAUUGAUAUUGUUCUUUGAUAACAUUAAAAUAUAUAUCAAACUUCACUUUCCUACUAACUGUUUUCUUUAUCUGAUCAUAAUGUAGCCAUGAGUUAACAUUCUAUAUCAAAGCAACUGGUUCUAGAGUAAAAUAAUUUGAAAAAGCAUGAUACUGUACAUAUAGUGCAUGACAUCUACCAUGACGAGGUGGGCCUGUAGCACAGUGAUCACUGCAAGCGGCUAACAACUGAAUGGACCCAGGUUCAAUUCUUGUACAAGACAAGACAUUUGGCCAAGUUUCCUUACAUCUGAUGCCUAUGUUCACCAAGCUGAAAAUAGGUACUGUAACUGUUGUGGGUUGCAUCCUGACCUAGGGGGCGGAUCUAGAUUAGCCUAACACGCUUCCUGUCCACGACACUGGGAACCAAAUAGUGUGUUCUUGCUUGAAUAAACUAUAUGGGGUGAGGCAGAUACAUUCCAUUAGGGCUUUUGUUCGACCCGCCAGACCCUAGGCAACCCCUCCCACUGAAAAAAUCAAAGGGCUUACAUCCACUAUAAUGCACAUGAAGAUUUUUUACUUACCUUAAGAAGAGAGUAGAGUAGUGAAAUAUCUUCAUAAUAACCCAAAGCUAGCUUAGGCAAGUACAUAACCCAUCUUCAUGUCUAUUUUAAAAAACAAACAAAAAUAUCAGUUUAUAGUAUUAUGUAUUAAUCAUUUUGAACAUGGCAUAUGUAGAGCAGUCAUUGGUGAAUAAUUCCAUGUUACAGUAAACUAUAUGAGACCUAUUGGAGCCCAACGUUACAUAAUGACUGUGAUUUACACAAACUCUCCCAGUCAUGAUAUAAAUAUUCACAAGAAAUUGUUUAUUUUUACUCUGGCCUGAUAGAACGAUCAUUUAUGAACAAUUUGGUAUUAAAUUAUAUAUAUACACUCAUUAUUGAAACCAAAGAAGUAAAAUGAUAAUUAUUUCACCAAACUGGCAAGGGUAACACACCUGACCUCGUCAUUAAAGACCUGGAGACAAAACCAGUCUCUCUUGCUGCACUUAACAGAACCUAGUAUCUCGCAUCUGUUAGCCUCUCCCAUACAACUUUAUGAAUAAUUGUCUCUUACCAGUAGUUUAUAUAAUGUGUAAUUUAUUCAGCUCGGAUUACUAGAGAAGUAAUCAGAGAGCAUGGAGAACAGCAACACAAGUAUAUAAAAUAUAACACUUAUUAUUGAAAGUAAGUUGUCUACCUGGGGUGUGGGGGUGUGGGAGAUGGGGGGAAUUCUUGUGCCCCCCAUUGCUUGGCAACUGGCUCUUUAAAUUUCAGUAGCCUUGUUCACUUCCAACCAUCAUAAAACUACAGUAUAAUAAACUGGCCAACUUUAAUCAGUAAUUAACUAAAUGUAAUGGUCACUUCAACUUUUAAAUACUUCACAUUAAUGUGGAGUUCAGGAACAAAAUUACUCUCCACAAAACUGCUAGGCUGCUGCUAUCUUGCAUAACUCUACAAAUUAACCUCGCUUAUCAUAGCCUAAUUAUGAAAUUAUUAGUCCAGAAAAUAUGCAAAUAAUUAUACUGAACAUGGCAUAUACAUAAAUCAAUAAUACAAAUCCAAUCUUCAUCAGAACAGCCCAAAUUCAGGGGAAAGGGAAGGGGAGGGGAGGGAUAAACUUGAUCUAACAAAGUUUAAAUCUAAUGCUUGUUGCCAUCGUCUGCCUCAUCCAUCAGGUGAUUCAGUGCAGUCUUCUUUUCGCUUGCACACACUUCACGUUGUCUUCCCUUUAACUGUUGUUAAAACGUCUUGGAACUGGUGGUCCUUGACCAUUAACGAACGUUUGACUUGUAUUCUUCUUGCAACUUGUACAAUUCACUUAACAGUAUCUUCCAAAAAGAUUUGCUGGGCUACUCCGUGUGUAUACCAUCAUCUUUUAACCUCUAGACAUGUCAUCCACUUAAAAUUUUCUGAACUUUCAGAGGUGACAUAAGCUUUUAAGGGUUGAUAGAUGUUAAUCUAAUCUUCAUGUCUGAGGAGCUGUUCACUUGAGACAGUUAAGCAAGUCCCAGCUGUGUACAAGUGACAGGAUGAACAACCCAGCGGGUUUUCUUCCUAUUGGGGAGUGUUGUACAUGCUGCUAUGGCGGUGUGUCCACUUACAAGACGAGUGGCGCUGCCCAAUAAACUCGCCCCUCGGGGCAAAAUUUAAAAAUUUAAAUUUUCAGAGGUGAUGUAAGUGAUGACCUUCCUGUACGAGUUCCUGUGACAGUGAUGUCUCAUAAGGCUGAGUAGUGCCACUCUGGUGCCUCCCACUGGUCAUGUGACCCCUAGUUACUCCUCAAUUUGUUGAUCCAUGUUGCAAGCAGCAAAUCAUCUGACCACCUUUCAUCUGGGAUAUCUGGUGUCUUUUCCUCGUCAACUAGUGCCAAAUUUUCUCCUCUGUGAGGAGCAAAUGAGAUUUUAAAUUUUUCAUCUCAGAGUUUUAAAAUUUGUUCUCUCCACCCCAUAUGGCUGAUUAGACUCCCCCCCCCCCUUUCCCCCAAAUUUGUAUUUCCCAACUUGUUUAAAAAUCAGGCAUCCUGCCGUCUCACAAAUUUAACUAAAUAUUCCUUGGGCCAUCAUAUAUGUUCAAGUUAGUUAUAAUAGGCCUAAGAGGUGUUAAGCAGAUGGCAACCAUAAUACCAAUUGCCAGUCAGCUGCUGGCUGCUUUGUCAUGGCAGGUGGCAACUUACAUACCUGGAGCAUGUGUACAGUGCACAUAUGUUUCAUAAAUUUUCAUUAAUUGAAAUUUAUUUCAACUUUGUAUUACCAUCUUCAGAAUUAUGAUUGGUCCCGUAAGACCAUGCUAAUAAAAGUGACAACAAAGAUUAACACAUGGCAGUGGCAUAAUAAUAAUAUUCAAGUUUGGCUGUUCAAUGUAUACAGUAUUUUAAAUAUUAGUACUGUAUUUUAUUACAUAAUUUGUAAAAUAUGUGGUAAUUUUAGUCAAACUUAGUGUUUUAAGCACUGUAUAAUUGUUUAAAGUAUGAUUAAGUGGAUCAUGGAUGAUGAUAAUGCUUGACCUGGAUGACGGCUUAGAUGAACAAUCUUCUCUUCAUCGAACAUUUGCAUAUUUCACUCAACAACUGCAUCGGAUACAAUUUGUUCAGACCAUCCAGGAAUUUGUUUGAGGGAGGAUGCACUGUAUACUCUUAUGAUAUUACUUGCACAUUAGUGUUCAGUAUAUUUAUAUGUACUGAACUUUAAUUUAUUUCAUGCCAUACUUAUUUUAUGUAUACUUGUUUUCAUUUUCAAGUUACGUUUGUAUGUAAAUUAACACAAAACUUGAAUGCUUGCUCAAAUUAUGAAUUAUCUUAAGAAUUAUCUUUGGUUGCCUGAUAUUUAAUGAAAAAUCUUAUUUACUGUGCAUAAUGGUAACUGUCUAAAGCAAAUUUAUUAAAAAUUUUAGAAUUUUGGUGUUAUUAGUUUCUGCCACAUACAGGGAGAUUAAAAUAAAUGAUGGAACGGAAAAAAUUGAACAAUUUCACAUUGAUAUCAUAUGCGUAAUAUUACUAACUUUGACUGCUGCACCUUGUAACAUAACCAUUCUUAUAUUAUAAGUAAAAAUGGUGCUUUAGUAGUUACUUCACUAAAGGUUCCUUUAUUUUAAAAGUUUUAUUUGGUGCAUUCCAUUUUAUGAUUUCAUAAAAAGAUAUGGAUAUUGUUUUCAUGUGAUACACAAGGUACAUUAUAUCAAUAAAAUCUAGUUGAAUAGUAUGUAUAGAGAAAAAAUAGUGAUUUGUUAAGAAUUUGUAUAAAAAAGUUAUGUUAAUGGAAUCUGCAUUAACAUUAAUAAACUAUUCCAUGUUAUGCAAACCUUCAAAGAAUAUUACUAUUAUUAAGUAAUGGUAAUGUCUUCUCAGACAUAAUAACGGGAUAAAAACUCAUACUUAUGUAUUUAUGAAUUUUUUGUAAAGAUUUAAACCAAGUCUUUUACACUCACUUGAGUGCUUUCUCAAGGCCUGAGUGUGUAGUGAGGAUGAGGCUUACAUCUCGACAAAUAAUCGUUGAAAUAUAAGGAGUACAAAAGACUUGGUUUAAAUCUUUACAUAAUAUUCACCAAUACAUAAGUGUGGGUUUUUAUCCAAAGUAAUAUUAUUUAUAGAAACAUUGUAGAACAGAAUUAAUUCUGUUAUCAUAGAUUGCAUUUCGGUGAAAACCCAUAAACAUUCAUCUCUAAAGACAUUUAAUACUAAAACUAUAAGUCUUCCUUGGAAUAAUUAGGCACAGCAAAAAGAAUGCCCUUAUUGUCCUUGAGAUCAAUGUUUGUAUUGCAUAGGAACUUCAUAUAUUAUUGAUAUUGUUGCUCUCAGUUAUUAUAUACUGGAUUAAUAUUUAAAAUCAUAUUGCUGGAUUAUUUUGCUUAUGCUAACAAAGCAUUGCUGGACUGUGCUUUCAGCAUCUAUAAUGUGAGUACAGUAUAUUGUAUUUGUAAAUAUAUUUCCCCUUUCUAUGUUUCUUAUUACAUAUUGUUAUGGCAAGAUAUCAAUUUAAGUUUGGAAAAAAUAAUUCUGCUAUUGGUAUUAAAGAAGUCUUUUUCUUUGUGAUAUCUUAAAGCCUAAUUGAAUUUAUUAGAAACCAAUAAGGCUUGGGUAUAAUAAAACUAUGGAUCGUUUUGUUACUGGGCAGUAAAGCCCAAUGGUAACUACAGUAUUUAUUUUUCUUAAUAUUAGUCUUCAUUCCUUUAUAUCUAGAAAAUGUCUCGUCUUAUGUGAAUUUAAACUCAAAAUUCUCAUAACCUACAUGAUCUUUUGUCACUAGGUAGUUGUGCCUAAUGGUAACUGCUGUUGACUAUUGAUCUGUACAUUCACAGCAUAUGAAUUUAAAGUUCUAUGACUUUUCCAAGCAUGCACUAUGGCUGGUUUGGCUAGACGAGUUUUUACUGGCACAUGUGAUGUUGCUUUGGGUAUGAUUUCCACAUGCAUCAUCCCUUCACCUUUGCUUUGCCUCUUAGAUGUGCUGAGCAUUCAAACACAACAUUGUUUCCUCAUGACUCUUGACAAAUAUCUAAUUUUUCAUACUUUUGUUUACAGCAUCCAGAAUCUACUUUAAAUUUUGUACUGUACAGUAAUUUAAUAUAUAUGGAAACAUAUUCCCAUAGAGUGGAAAUUUGUUUAAUUUUCAGUCUGAAACCUAAUACAUUUUUGUUUAUAUGAAGUUAUGUUUGCUGUGAAUUGCCUUUCCAAGAAUGUAGCCCUUGAGUAGAUCAAUGGGUGACAGUAUUUUUAUUUAUUUUUUUAUAUAAUUUCUUACCUUUGCUAAAGCAAGAAUUUUAUAACCAGAGGUAAAAAUAAAAAACUUGCUUACCAACACCUCUCCACAACCAUGCCACUUCCCCAGCCAUUGUUAAGUUCACAGAACACCCCCAACCCCCACAACUUCAUCUAAUACCCAAACCUCAAACAAGUCUCAUCAACAUCCUAACUCUUGGUAUUCUCAAAUACUACUACCUUCGUUGCUCUUUGACCUACCCACCCUAAAUCCAGCUUCCCUUUCUCUCUCCUUUUAAUAUUGCCCUCCACCUAUAACCGCAUCCCACAAUUCUUUACCUACACCCAUACCACCACUUUACCCACCACUAACCAUAUACACAUCCCACCAACAUAUUUACCUUCAUUCCACUGAAAACCUCAUGCAUUACACUAACCCUGUACCCAUCUACAAAUGCAGCACGCUUGAAACAAAAGUCAUGGAAGCUGUCUUGGUUCAUAACUUUAAAAGCAUUAUUGGAGAUGUAAAAGCUGCAGAAACUUAGACCCUACCCUGCCAAGGUAGGGUCUUAAGAGUUAAAUCUCUCUUAUUCCAAGCACUGUAUGGACAUAAUGAUUGGUGCCAGUGGUGUAGGCAUGUGGUGGAUGGGGGGUAGGGGGUGUAUCAGGUACAAUAGCAAUGAAGUGAAGUCAUUGUAUACAGAAAGGGGUGAUCUAGUUUUAAGAUAAAACACUUAGGCAAGCGUGCGCACACAAACCUACUUUAAUAACCAUGAGGCAGGAUCCAAGGGUUAGACCUCAAUCCUCAGUUCCUGUAGACACUGAUAGGUAAUUAAAGAACUAGUGUUUUUUGUUUUUUUUUUGUAAAAUAUUAAUAUAAACUAGGCAAGACAACAUAAUGUACAGGUGUGAUACCAGUUGUCUAUAGGCUGAAAAAAUUUGUCUGGAGGACCUUGUACAGUACAUUUCUUUAUCUAAAAUGGACUGGCAUUUCUCUUCUGCCAAUAAAGCCCCAAUUGCGAAACCACUACUAAUUAUAUGCUUACCCCUCCAUAUAAUAAAGUAAUGUACCCUACCACCACCCUAAGCCCUCCUCGCCCUCCAAUAUCUAAUAACCAUCCAUCCAACUUAAUCCUUCAACCCAAUCUAUCCACACCCACUCCAUUCACACAUUUUCUCCUAUUUAUUUAUUUUUUUUUAUAUAAAUAUUUGUACUGUACAUGCAUUUCCUUCCCCCCUGUACAAAGGGGAGGGAAUGUUUUUUAAUGUUCAUAAUAUUGUUUACAUUGCAAGACAUCAUGAGAGCACGAGGAUACUCCUCUUGAUCAGCUGUGAUCGACACAUAUCUACAGUACAGUAGUUUGACAUGCACAUUUUCUUCAUAAUGCUCAAGCAUCCAUGCUUCUAAUGCUUUUUCACUGCACAAACCAAUGCACCUCUGUAUAAAGUAUCAUACUAUAUUAAAUUCUUAUAAUCCCCAGAAGUAACUGUAAUAGAACGAAUCUAAUGUUUAUGAUAACAUUUGUAAGAUUUCUAGGAUAUUUGAGUAUAGUCAGUCACACAAGUAUCCUAUUUAUUGGAGAUUGUCACUAGAGUUUUAUGAUAAGAACUCUUUUCUCAUGCUUUCUUAUUAAUUUAAAAUGUUUGAGCAAAAAGUUGAGGUGUAUAACUUAAUUGUGUGAUAUUUGUACAUUAUUCUGGUCACAAGAUAGUCAAGGUUAUGAAGAGGAGAUAAUUACUUCAGUGCAUAAAAUUUUUUAGUUUUUCAUCAAAUAUAAAUUUGAUACACUUUCAUAUUUUGUACAUUUCAGAAAUUUAAUUUUUGCCAAAAGUUAUCUAGUAAUAUUUCAUAAUUUAAGAAGAGAUUAUAUUGAAAAUGAAAAUAUUGAAGUGUGCCAAAAGCCACCAAAGACAACACUAUUCAAUAAAGAUACCCAGUUCUAAA